AUGCGCUUGUGCGUCUUCCGCCGCCAGCAGCUGUCUGUACACCUCGCGGGCCCCAAGCAGCAGCAGCACGCAAGGCUGCAGCAGCAGCAGCAGCAGCUGCUGCUGCAGCAGAAGCUGCUGCAGCAGCAGCAGGCCCAACCAGCUCGCGCUGCAGCUCGCGCUGCAGCUGCGCUGCUGCUGGCGCUCCCGCUGCAGCAGCAGCAGCAGCAGCAGCAGCAGCUAGAGGGCGUCUGCGUCUUCGGCGACGGAGGCCCUGAGGAUCUUGACGGGGUGGAGGGGCCUGAGGGUUUUGGUGGUUUGGACCAGCGAAAGCUUUUUGAGGGUUUGGAGGCCGCAGCAAACCCUCGCGAAGAUGGAGUGUUUGCCGUCCAGCGAAGGCGCCGGCGCCAGCAGCAGCAAAAACAAAGAGCUGUUCUUGCCCCCGCUGCUCGCCAUCGACACCACCCCCGCCCCCGUGUGCCGCAGCUCUGCAGCAGCAGCAGCAGCAGCAGCAGCAGCAGCAGCAGCAGCAGCAGCAGCAGCAGCAGCAGCAGCAGCAGCAGCAGCAGCGGCGGCGGCGGUGGUUGUGGUUGUGGUUGUGGUGCGGGAGCAGACAAGGCUUUCUCCAGGGCAACUGACACCAACCAAGUGCACACCUAG